CUUGAUAUUGCCCGCAUCGCCGUCUGUGUGUGUGUGCCGCUGAUCGGGCUGAUCGCUGUUAUUCCGCCUUCGGGGCUGAUGCAAAUUUUUUAAUUGUACUAUAGGUAACACAUUUUAUUUUUGUCCGAAAAUGUUAUCGCUCACACGACUUGGUCGACGAGGUAUCGCUCAGAGUCUACAUGGGCGUUUCAGUAGCACGCUAGUCUUGGUGGACCACAAUGAAGGAAAACUCCUUCCGUCGACACUCAGUGCUAUUACCGCUGCCAAGAAGAUUGGUGGUGAUGUUACCUGCCUUGUGCUCGGCAAGAACGUGGGAGGGGUGGCAGCAGAAGUGAGCAAAGCCGAUGGUCUGAAAAAGCUGUUGGUGGCUGACAAUGAAGCAUUCGAAGGUCUACUGCCUGAGCGGUUGACGCCUGUUGUACUUGCAACCCACAAUCAGUUCAAGUUCACUCAUAUCGUUGCAGCUGCUACAGCUUUCGCAAAGGCUCUGCUGCCACGGGUAGCCUCUAAACUCGACGUCUCUCCCGUGUCCGACGUCUUGGACGUGAAGGGACCAGACACGUUUGUCCGGUCUAUAUACGCGGGUAAUGCCAUCCAAACAUUGAAAGCAAAGGAUCCUGUCAAGGUGCUCAUAAUUCGAGGUACAAGUUUUGAGGCAGCCGGCCUGUCUGGAGCGGGAGCUGCCCCCGAAAAUGCACCCACAGCAGAUUUCAACAAAGACUCCUCCACAUUCCUAAGCCAGGAGCUGAGUAAGAGUGAACGGCCAGAUCUUACAAGCGCAAAGAAGGUCAUUUCUGGAGGUCGGGGAAUGAAGAGCGGUGAGAACUUCAAGAUGCUGUACGACCUCGCGGACAAGAUCGGCGCUGCUGUUGGCGCAUCGCGUGCCGCCGUGGAUGCAGGUUUUGUUCCCAACGACAUGCAGGUCGGCCAGACUGGGAAGAUCGUAGCACCGGAGUUGUACAUUGCAAUCGGUAUCUCUGGAGCAAUCCAGCACCUGGCUGGAAUGAAGGACUCCAAGACCAUCGUGGCCAUCAACAAGGAUCCGGAAGCACCGAUCUUCCAGGUGGCCGACGUCGGACUUGUGGCCGAUCUCUUCAAGGCCGUUCCAGAGAUGCUCGAGAAGAUAGACUCGUACAAGUCAAAGUGAUCAAAAAGGCACCAAGAGUUGUCCUGGAAGCUUCAAGCAGGAACAACUGUUGGGAUUCCAUCUAAGCCUUCCUAAGGAAGCAACAUCUUCCUCGGUAGCCAGACUAUUGUAGGUCUGGGUGAUGUACCAGUUCUCUGCCGAUCACUGUACAUAUGCUAUCCAACUAGGGGUCAUAUUAAAAGGAACUCUAUUUAGUGAACA